CACUAUAAAAGCAACUCACCCCAGCUAACCACGUCUGUCCAUACAAUCAAACACAGAGAGAGAGAGAGAGACAGUGUUCAUUCUUCCUCUCAAAGUUUGCCAAACAUGUCUCUGCUUUCGGAUCUCAUCAAUCUCAACCUGUCCGACGUUACGCAGAAGGUGAUUGCUGAGUACAUAUGGAUUGGCGGAUCAGGUAUGGAUCUCAGAAGCAAAGCAAGGACUCUUGACGGUCCUGUCUCGGAUCCCUCUAAGCUUCCUAAAUGGAACUAUGAUGGAUCUAGCACAGGUCAAGCUCCUGGGAAAGACAGCGAAGUGAUAAUAUACCCUCAAGCUAUUUUCAGGGACCCAUUCAGGAGGGGCAACAAUAUAUUGGUCAUGUGUGAUACUUACACUCCAGCAGGUGAUCCAAUUCCAACAAACAAGAGGCAUAAUGCAGCAAAGAUUUUUAGUAAUCCACGUGUUGCUGCUGAAGAACCUUGGUAUGGUAUUGAGCAAGAGUACACCUUGUUGCAAAAAGACAUCAAGUGGCCGAUUGGGUGGCCCUUGGGAGGCUAUCCUGGACCACAGGGACCCUACUACUGUGGGAUUGGUGGCGACAAAGCCUUUGGACGUGAUAUUGUUGAUGCCCAUUACAAGGCAUGCCUUUAUGCAGGCAUAAACAUAAGUGGUAUCAACGGAGAAGUGAUGCCGGGGCAGUGGGAGUUUCAAGUUGGACCUUCUAUUGGCAUCUCAGCCGGCGACGAGCUGUGGGUGGCUCGUUACAUUUUGGAGAGGAUCACUGAAAUUGCUGGGGUGGUGCUUUCGUUUGACCCCAAGCCUAUCCAGGGUGAUUGGAAUGGAGCUGGUGCUCACACAAAUUACAGCACCAAGUCCACGAGGAAUGAUGGAGGCUAUGAGGUCAUCAAGAAGGCUAUUGGAAAGCUUGGGCUGAAGCACAAAGAACAUAUAUCUGCCUAUGGUGAAGGCAAUGAACGCCGUCUCACAGGACGACAUGAAACAGCCGACAUCAGCACAUUCUUAUGGGGCGUUGCAAACCGUGGUGCAUCCAUUCGUGUGGGGCGAGAGACAGAGAGAAAUGGCAAAGGAUAUUUUGAGGAUAGGAGGCCAGCUUCCAAUAUGGACCCAUAUGUGGUCACCUCCAUGAUUGCAGAAACCACCCUCCUGUAAGUGUGGGAUUGAUGUUUGGUGGGACGGUUGAAAGAGAAGAAUGAUGUUUCGGAACAAGCCUACCUUUUGUUUUUCAUUAGGGAGUAGCCCGCCUCCUCCUCUGUGUUUUAGUUGGCAAGCUUGAGAUCAUUGCACCUCCCUUGCCUUGUGUUGUUUACUUUGGUGUCUAAAUAACGCUAAUAGUUUUAUUGAUUACAAUAUGAAAGGGUAGUCUUUUAUUGUUGGAAUCAGAUGAAAUUUAUUGCAAUAAUCUGAGCAUCAUUUUUCUCAUCUUGCUGUAGACCAUUAUUCUGUCUCCCCAAGAAUCGUCGUCUAUAAUUGGACAAUUUUAUGAUGGAAUUUCUCAGCAAUUGUCUUCUAACCUAUUUGAGAUUUGAGAAAUUAAUUUUUCUGAAAAGGUAUAAAAUGAUUUUGG